GCACCACGGCCAGCACUGCGCUCACACUGCUUCUGUGCCACAGAGAGACGAUGUGUGUCGAGCUCGUUUAGACAAAACAGUGGAUACAGUAGUGACAAUUAUCACAGACGAGCAGGUACCGCAGCAUCGCCCCGAGCUAAAAGGAACAUCUUGUCUUGGGUCUACAUAGUUAACCUAGAACGUAGUUAGCCAUUUUUGCUAAACAGCUAAACCGCCAUCGUAUUGAGGUUGCUUUGUAGACACACAGCAGGCUAGCCGCAGACACCAGCGCAGAGGAAAUGAAGGACAAACAAAAGAGAAAGAAGGAGCGGACCUGGGCUGAGGCGGCUCGCAUGGUUCUGGAGAACUUCUCUGAUGCACCCAUGACUCCCAAACAAAUCCUCCAUGUCAUCCAGACCAAGGGGCUGAAGGAAAUGCGGAGUGGUACAGCACCUUUGGCCUGCCUGGUCACCAUGCUGCACUCCCAGGUGAGGGGAGACCGAGUCAAGAACAGCAUCUUCUUCAAACUGCCUGGACGUAUGAGUCUGUUUACCCUGAAGAAGAACGCCCUUCAGUGGACAAAGACAACUUCAGAGUCGGAGACGCCCACUGAGCCAGCUGGCAGCACAUCCCACCCAGCUUCCAGCAGCAGCGCCGCAGCGGGCUCGGCUGUGGUUCCAGUCGGCCCCACUGAAGCCACCGAGCAGGAGAGCUGCGACUCCACCGAGACCGCUGCUGCCAGUGGAGACAAUGAUGCCUCAGUGGAUGAGAGCUCGUCCAGUGCCUCCUGCUCCACGGAGCUGCAGGCCCCCAGCAGCCAGCCUCAGACUCGCCUCAGCAGGGCUACGGGACAGCAGGGACGCACAGACACACAGCAGACCCAACACACUCAACACGCCCAGACCAGACUGAGCCGCUCAAGACAGUCAGGGAGGCAGAGGAAGAAAGCAGUCAUGAUGCCCCGUGUUGUCCUCACUCCUCUUAAAGUGAAUGGAGAGCACGUCCCCUCAGGGCCCAUGAAGAGGAGUCGAGGUGGGGUGGAUGUAGAUUUUGAAACACCAGGCUCCAUCCUGGUCAACACCAACAUCAGAGCCCUCAUCAAUGUGCGGACCUUCUCAGCCUUUCCCACACACUCACAGCAACAGUUGCUGCAGCUGCUGCCAGAGGUGGACCGACAGAUUGGACCUGAUGGUAUGGCCAGACUCAGCAGUUCAGCUCUCAACAAUGAGUUCUUCACCCAUGCCUCCCAGAGCUGGAAAGAAAGGCUGGCUGAGGGUGAGUUCACCCACGAGAUGCAGGUGCGUUUCCGACAGGAAAUGGAGAAGGAGAAGAAGGUAGAGGCGUGGAAGGAAAAGUUUUUCGAGGAGUACCACGGACAAAAGUCUGGCCUAACACGAGAGGAGUCCCUAAAGCUUACCAUGAAUGAAGCCAGCGAAGUUGGAGCCAGCAUGCUUGACAGUGAUGUGGCCGUGGUGGCAACUGGCGCCCCAAAGCGACGCAGCGUGGGACGGCGGAGGAGAGAUGGCAGGAUGAGGCGGCGCACGCGGGCUGACCUGCGCCGCAGGGCCCGCAGGACCCUCUGCAAGGCCUCUACUCCCGCCCUGCAGUCUGCAGAAGCAGCCGAGGCCAGCACUGCAGUGGACAUCUCAGCUGUCUCAAUUGGCUCUCCCAUGUCUGACAAUACCGUUGUUCAAGGUGAAGUGGUGUUGCAGGCGGAGUGCGGUGUGGAGCUCCCAGCUGAGAGUGUCUCCAUGGAGCCAAAGCCCUCACCCAAUCCGGAGCCAGUCACAUUGCCAGCCCCCACUCCCACACCCACUCCCACUCCCAGCCCCAGCCCCAGCCCAGCUUCCACCAGUGCAAACGACGAACCCGAAGUUACAGCACACCUGCUCCCAGAAGAGGUUGCACCCGUACUGGCUUCCACCUCCUCCCCUUCUUCCUCCUCCUCUUCGGUUUCAUCCGCCUCUUCACCCGCCUCCUCGCCCUCCUCACCCUCUGAUAGACAGGGGGCUUUUGCCACAGGCCUGGACUCAUCUUCGUCCUCCUCGGCAUCCUCCAGUGCUGCAGUUGCCGCCGAUCCCCUGGAUGACACUGCCUCUGUGGUCACAUCCAUCACAGGGGGUACAGCCACCAGCAGCCGCGAGAGCAGCCCCUCAGCCAGCCCAGCCAGCACCCCUGUACCCAUCGCCCAGCUCAAGGAGCAGAAGAGAAGGCCAGAUGAGACUCAGGCCUUCUCCAGCUUCCCCGAAAAGAGGCCACGGCUUGAUGACCGUCAGUCCUUUCGUACCACAAUUGACAGCGUCCGUUCGGAGAAGCCGCAGCCGACAACAGAAGAGCCCAAGGUGCCGCCUAUCCGGAUUCAACUGUCCAGAAUCAAACCUCCCUGGGUCAAAGGGCACCCCACCUACCAGAUCUGUCCCCGGAUCGUGCCCCCCGGCGAGGGCUCGCGGCGGUCGGGGACGGGGGGCGCACGCACCUUGGCAGACAUCAAAGCCCGCGCCCAGCAAGCCCGGGCCCAGCGCGAGGCCGCUGCUGCUGUUGCAGCCUCUGGCGACGGGACAGGGCCGGCCGGGGUCAGGCUGCGGUCUGCUGCUGGGCUACCGGAUAGCAGCAAUGGACGAAGAGCGCGAGAGCAUCCAGGACCUAUCGAGCCCGGAGGAGGAGGAGGAGGUGGAAGCGGAAGCAGAGGAGAUAGUGGGAUGGAGGAGCAGGGAUCGUCUUCAAGCUCUAAUUCGUCUGGAACACAACUACUGCUUCUCAGUGUAGAUCCCACACCCCAACCCUCCCCAUCCCUGUCCACUACCUCAACUUCCAUGUCCUUGGAGCCCCCACAGACCCCAAGCCCUCCUCGAGAGGAGGCAGCUGGGGGGCCAGAGGCUGUAGAUGAAAUAGAAGCAACAUCAGCCAGUGUCCAGAGCCCCUCCAACGGGCUCACAGACAAGGGAUCUGACUCGCCCUCUCCAGACCCUGACACGAUAGCUGAGUCUUUGGCCACCCAGCCAACCAGGCAAAGCAAGGUGCCUGAGUCUGCUACUGCACCUUCAGAGAGGCCAGACCAGGAUUGUGAAAAACCCUCACUGGCCCCAACCUCAAUCCCAGAUUCCCUUCCCAGGUUUGGGGCUCAGGGUGUGGACGUUAUUCAGACGCUGGCCAGUUCCUGUCAGCCCAGAGACAAGGAGCAAGGGAAGGAGGCUGGACUGGGUGGUGUAAUCCAUCACAGUUCCCACCACACAGAGCUACUUUCUCAAUCAGCUACUGAGAGAAAGCAAACAGACGUGUCCUCCCCCCAGCAUUUGGACUCCUCCUCUGAGAAAGAUGAUGAAGCUGGAACACAUAGCGACUCUACGGAAACCGCAUCAGACUGCGAGAAUGAGAGCCAGGAGGAUGAGCAGCAGCAUCCUGACCAGGACUGGUGUCCCACACCGAGCAACCAGAGAAUCAGCCAGCCGGUCAUCUGCAGCCUUUCUCCUCAGAGCCAGCAACCAGUCAUCCAGGCCCACGUGUCCAGCCGCCAAGGCCAGACUGUCAUUCAGCCUUGCUUCCCCAACAGCUUGCCUCAUCCUCAGCAGAGCCGUUCUCAUUCACAGGACCACCAGUCUGUACCUGCAGCCCACCCACAGGGGCUCAGGGACACCAACGUUGUGGUCAAAAUGGAACCUGUGGAUGACUGUAGAGCUUCCAGACAGAGUUCUGCUGAGGAAGAGUGUCGUGGAGGUUUAAAGUCUUCUGCCACUCAUCCUGCUGCUGCAGCUGCCUCCAAGAGACUGACUGGCUCAGCCAGACCGGUGUCUAGUGUGGAGGCCAACAACCCUUUAGUCACUCAGCUACUGCAGGGAAGCCUACCCCUGGAGAAAGUUCUACCCUCACAUUCUGCCAACAGGCUGGAGAUCAGCAGAUUGCCAGGACCCCAACCCAGACCACCACUGGCAAGGACCCCAGGGCCUCGCCACAGGCCUGAGGCCUCAGCCCAGUCUCCUAGUCCAGAACUGAAUGCAGUCUCUCAGAGCCACAAAAAGUCUCCAACAGGCCGCCCAGUUGCGUGCCUGGUGGAGGCCCCAGCCACAUCACAGUAUCAGUCCCAACAGGCCCCCGGGGCUGUCCCGGUCAUCACCUCUCUGCCACCCUCAUCAUCCUCCUCCAGCUCUUUGUCCUCCAGAAAUAAGUCAGACCUUAGCUCUCAGACCGCCAUGGAGUCUGCAGUCAUCAAAGAGUCUCGCGGUCCCCAGCCCUCACCAGGGGCCACUCCAGACAGGCCUCAGCCAGCCCAUCGGACCAUGCCCAACGGCCCAUCUCCUCCCCAUGCAGACACCUGUCCCACUGAGGUGUUGCCCACCAUUAAGAUCAACUGGCGUCCCCCACAGUCUCAGCUCCCCCACCCUCACCAACAACAGCUGUCUCCUGCACCUACCAUAAAGAACGAAGUGGCUGCGCGGCCCUCUUGCCAGGCUCUCGCCAAAUCCUCCCCCAUUAUACCCAUGAGUGUUACCAAAAAGGAGCCUGUGAGCUCCAUGGACAGCUACCUGAGUGGGGGAGCAAUGGAGGGACUCCUCAACAUGGAGAUGACUUUAGCCCGGAUGGCAAAGAAGGAGCACAGCAAAGCCGCCUACUCCUCCGGUUCACCCUCCACCUCCUCUUCUCCCUCGCCCUCCUCCUCCUCCUCCCUCCCUUUCCAGCUGUACGGGAAGCUCCCCAAGCAAGGCAGCAGCGUUGGUGCGGUGAGCUACACGGCCAACGUGUCCGUGAUGGACAACGGCGGCUUCUCCCGGAGCGUGGCGGACGGCGUGCUCCAACUGCGGCCCCGUUUGGCCUCCAGCCAGGCCACCCUCAGCAUCCAGGCCUUUACCGAUGGCACGACGGAGGAGGUGGCGCUCAAGUGCUCGUGCCGCCUCAAAGCCAUGAUCAUGUGCCAAGGCUGCGGUGCCUUCUGCCAUGACGAUUGCAUCGGGCCCUCCAAACUCUGCGUGUCGUGUCUGGUGGUGAGAUAGCAUGCUGGAAGUCCCUGUUCACUGUAGAACUGCUAUCUGUGUACAGUAUCAGCAGCAGGACUUGGGGGGUGAGGGGCUCCACAGUGUACAGAAGCCUGAUUAUGGUAGAGCACACAGAAGGAGCCUGACAGGCAAAACUUGCCUUGUAUAAUAUGACUGGUCUGUAAUUUUUUGUUGUUGCAGAUUUGCAGAUUUUUUUUUAGUUGUACUGAUAUAUUAUUAUUAUUAUUAUUGUUGUUAUUAUUAUUAUUAGUAUUAUUAUUAUUAUUGUUAUUAUUGUGAAUUUGGGGCAUGAUUGAUUGUAAAUUGUGCCUUUUUUUGUUUUCUCCUCAAAAAACAUUUACCUCAUCUUAUCUUGCUCCACCUGUCAUCAUUUGGUGGCCAUAAUUGUUUCGGUCCCUCGUUUCCUCAGCAAACGGGGACUUAUUGUUGUCUCUUUGCGCAAAGAAGUAUUUUUUUAACCAUUAA